AAAAAGCUAAAGGUUGUGCUCCUCUAUUAUCAAUAUCACCAACUCCAUGUUAUAUUUAUUUUCUUCCAUUUAUUAAUCUGCAGAGAGAAGAGAUAACAGAUAGCUCAAAUACAAAAAGAACUCAAUAUAUAGUUAUGGAGAGCGAAGAAUCAAGUCGACCAUCCAUAGAGUUUCCUUUAGGUUUAGCUCUUUUAUUAGUUCUGUUGUUUUUCAUGAGUGUUUUUUUCACUUGCUGUGUCCACUGGGAUAAGCUUAGAUCGCUUCUAAAACCUUCAAGAGGUGAGGAAGAUAACUCCCAUGUCCAAGAAGAUAUAGAGCAUUUACCCUACAAAUCUUCUCCUCUUCACCAGGAGUCAAAGCAAAAUCAAGUACAGAAUACUGUGCCAGUUUUGAUGCCAGGGGAUCAAGUACCAAAGUUCAUAGCGAUGGCCUGUCCAUGUCAGCCUUCUAUUAUGGAGGAGAAGAUCACAGUGAAGAUGGAAAAGCCACCCACUUUUCCAGUUCCAUUACAUUUGUGAUUUUGUUUUCUUUUUUACCAUCUGCUAUAUAUGAUUGUUUAUUUUUUAUCACUUUUUCUGCACAGUUCAUAUAUGUAAUUAUUAACUUUUUUUGUUUUUUUGGGAAUUAGAAAAAGAAUUACUUUCCUCUUGCAUUUCUUUUGAGAUGCUAGAAAAUAGAAAGGAACCUGUAAAGAGAAAAAUAACAGGAAAUGGAUCAAAGUGCAUUUUAUACAGUGUC